CAGCUCCUGUUAUGCGCUGAGUCUGCUCAUUCACCAAAGAAUCAGGCUGGGGGUCUCAUCUGUUCCCGGGAGUCGGUGUCUCUGAAGAAAAGGGAGGGGAGGGGAAGGUACAGAGAGAGAUGUAAGGACAGAGCCAGAAUCAAUUAAUAUUCUGGUCACGUGAGCACCAGUGGCAGACAUCAUCUGUUGUGGUCCAGGAAACACAACAAUAUAAUAUCAGGUUUAUGUCGAUAUAAUAUCUGAAAGGUUUGGACAGCAGGAAGGCAAUAUUGUUUUUGAAGAAAAGACACAUAUACACACGUACGGGAAAGCCUUUGUAGGUGUGGGCAGCGUUCAUAGAUGUGGAAAGGUUCGGAAGAGGAUAAAAAAGUGGGAACCGGGAUGUCGGAUGUGGUUCAGGAUCCUAAACCCAAGCCUGCUGUUCCCAUGAAACCAUCGGCAGUGGGCUCACAGCUACUUGGCUAUGUGGGAAUAGAUACCAUCAUUGAGCAGAUGAGAAGGAAGACUAUGAAGACUGGUUUCGAUUUUAACAUCAUGGUUGUGGGUCAAAGUGGCCUGGGGAAGUCGACACUGGUCAACACGUUGUUUAAAUCUCAAGUCAGUCGGAAGUCCUGUGGCAGAAAUCGAGAAGAGAAGGUCCCUAAAACUGUAGAGAUCCGAACAGUUAGUCAUGUUAUUGAGGAGAAAGGGGUGAAGAUGAAGUUGACAGUUAUCGACACUCCUGGAUUCGGAGACCAAAUCAACAAUAACAACUGUUGGGAGCCCAUUGAGAAGUACAUCAGCGAACAAUAUGAGAAGUUCCUGAAGGAAGAGGCUAACAUUGCGCGAAAGAAGCGGAUUCCAGACACCCGGGUGCAUUGCUGCUUGUACUUCAUCUCACCCACCGGCCACUCAUUGCGCCCCCUGGAUGUCGAGUUUAUGAAGCGGCUUGGAAAAAUAAUGAACAUCAUUCCCGUCAUUGCGAAAGCAGACACGAUGACCCUGGAGGAGAGGCAUGACUUUAAACUGAGGGUGCGGAAGGAGCUGGAGAGCAAUGGAAUUGAGUUCUACCCACAGAGAGAGUUCGAUGAGGACAUGGAAGACAAGGUGGAAAAUGACAAGAUCAGGGAAACCAUGCCGUUCGCCAUUGUCGGCAGUGACAUGGAGUAUCAAAUCAAUGGGAAGAGAGUGUUGGGAAGAAAAACCCCCUGGGGCAUCAUUGAGGUUGAGAACGUGACUCAUUGUGAAUUUCCACUUCUCCGGGAUCUUAUCGUUAGGACUCACCUCCAAGACCUGAAGGAGGUGACCCACAACAUCUUCUACGAGACGUAUCGGGCCAAGAGGCUGAACGAAAAUGGGAAUCUGGCCAAUGACACAGGCGAAGCGCAUGACAGUAACCUCUGAAGACGAAACCUGCUGUCCCUGCAACCUUCUGUAAAAUCUCGUUUUUGUAAAAGUGAAGCCAAGCAAACACAGAUCUCUCACUUUGAAGGAGUGGAGCCCUUUAAAGGUUAGCCACUCGCUCACAUCAGGCGUCAAUCGAUAUAACGCCUCUCAAAUAGUUUGUUUAGCACUUUUAUUGAAUGUGUUUCAGUAAAACCUUCUAAUCCUGAUACAUUUGUAGCCCCUUUUUCAAUGUUACCCACUCCCCAUGCGACCCCCCCGACUCACACUCACACACACUCACACACACACUCACUCACACACUCACUCACACACACACACACACACUCACUCACACACUCACACACACACACUCACACACACUCGCACACAUACACACAUAGACUCUCUCUCACACAUACACUCAUACACACUCACUCACACACACAUACACACACACACACACACACACACUCACUCACUCACACACAUUCGCACACACACACUCACUCACACACUCACUCACACAUACACACACACUCACACACACUCGCACACACACUCAUAGACUCUCUCUCACACAUACACUCAUACACACUCACACACACACACACACUCACACACACUCACACACUCACUCACUCACACACACUCGCACACACUCACACACAUAGACUCUCUCUCACACAUACACUCAUACACACUCACUCACACACACACUCUCACACAGUCACACUCGCACACACACACACACACACACACACACACACACACACACACACACAUAUAAACAUAGACUCUCUCUCUCACACACACUCACUCACACACACACACACACACUUACACAAUCACUCACUCAAACACACACACACUCACUCACACACAUACACUCUCUCUCACACACACGCACACACACACAUACACACACAGUCACACACACAAACAACAUGGUCAGGCUCUGUGAUUCGGCUCUGUCAGAUGGUGGACGUGGUUGGCAAUGUCACUGAACUUGCCAAGGCUCUGGGAGUCUGAGUUCAAAUCCUGCCAUGGCUGGAAUUUACAAACCAAUCAAUGAAUAAAUCUGGAACUGAAACAUCACCUCAAGAAUGGUGAAACCAUCAUUGGGUUUUGUAAAAAUCUACCUGACUUGCUCAGACCUUUUAGGGAAGGAAAUCUGCCGUCCUUACCUAGAUUAUAUCCAUUGGUCCUGAAGCGGUCCCCUGUAUAUCGGGGAGACCAAACCCAGGCUCAGGGACUUGUUCAGGGAAGCACCUGCACACACCAACCAACCCGACCGUCUGAUCACCAUCGCCAACCUCUUUAAUUCCCCCUCCCAA